AUAUAUUCACUUUCCUGCGAAACAUGAGAAGCACCACAAGCUUUUAACCAACAAAAAAAAAAAUGGGAAGCAUGAGGCUGUUUCUUUUACUUGCUUUCAAUGCUCUCAUGCUACUUGAAGCACAUGGUUUUACCGAUAAAACUGAUACGCAAGCGUUGCUCGAAUUCAAGUCUCAAGUUUCUGAAGACAAAAGAGUUUUCUUAUCCUCAUGGAAUCAUUCAUUCCCACUCUGCAGUUGGGAGGGGGUUAAAUGUGGCCGCAAACACAAGAGAGUUACUAGUUUGGACCUCCGAGGAAUGCAAUUAGGCGGAGUGAUAUCACCAUCUAUUGGUAAUCUUUCAUUCCUCAUAUAUCUUGAUCUCUCUAAUAACUCUUUUGGUGGAACCAUUCCUCAAGAGGUGGGAGACUUAUUUAGACUUGAAUACUUGUAUAUGGGCAUUAAUUAUCUGGGAGGAGGGAUUCCAACUACUUUGUCUAACUGCUCUAGAUUGUUGGACCUUGAUUUAUUUUCAAAUCCUCUUGGACGAGGUGUUCCUUCAGAACUAGGGUCAUUGGCGAACCUAGUUAGUUUAAAUUUUCGUGAGAAUAACCUACAAGGGAAGCUUCCUGCAUCUCUAGGAAACUUGACAUCACUCAUACGAGCUAGCUUUGGAGGAAACAAUAUGGAAGGAGAAAUUCCAGAUGAUGUAGCUAGGCUGAGUCAAAUGAUGAUUCUUGAAUUAUCUUUUAACCAAUUCUCAGGCGUUUUUCCUCCCGCAAUCUACAAUAUGUCCUCACUUGAAAAUUUAUAUAUGGCUUUCAAUCAUUUCUCGGGUCGUCUUAGACCUGGUUUUGGUAUUCUGCUACCAAAUCUUCAAGAGUUAAAUAUGGGAGGGAAUUUUUUCACCGGUUCCAUUCCAACAACACUUUCCAAUAUCUCGACUCUUCAAAAAGUGGGACUGAAUGACAACAAUCUGACAGGAAGUAUUCCUACUUUCGAAAAAGUACCAAAUUUGCAAUGGUUACUUCUACGUAGAAAUUCGUUGGGAAGUUACUCUUUUGGAGAUCUUGACUUCAUCAGCUCUUUAACUAACUGCACCCAACUAGAGAAAUUAGGGCUUGGUGGGAAUAGGCUUGGGGGUGACUUUCCUAUUUCCAUUACCAAUCUGUCCGCGGAACUCACCGAUUUACUCCUUGAAUAUAAUCACAUCUCUGGGAGAAUUCCUCAGGAUAUUGGGAACCUCUUAGGCCUCCAAACGCUUGGGUUGCGCGAAAAUAUGUUAUCUGGACCACUCCCAACCUCUCUUGGUAAUCUCUUUGGACUUGGGGUUUUAGAUCUCAGCUCAAACAAAUUGUCAGGAGUAAUACCAUCUACUAUAGGAAACCUCACUCGGUUACAAAAACUCCGUUUGUCCAACAACAUUUUUGAAGGAACCAUUCCUCCAAGUCUCAGUAACUGCAGUGAACUGCUACAUUUAGAGAUUGGGUAUAAUAAGUUGAAUGGGACUAUACCUAAGGAAAUUAUGCAACUUUCACACCUUCUUACCCUCAGCAUGCCAAGUAAUUCUAUCAGUGGCACUCUUCCAAACGAUGUUGGACGACUACAGAAUCUCGUUCUACUAUCUGUAUCGGAUAAUAAAUUAUCAGGGGAGCUCUCACAGACUUUGGGAAACUGUCUUUCGAUGGAAGAAAUAUAUCUGCAAGGGAAUUCUUUUGAUGGAAUCAUUCCAAAUAUAAAAGGGUUGGUGGGUGUUAAAAGAGAUGAUAUGUCUAACAAUAAUCUCUCUGGAAGUAUCCCUGGAUAUUUUGAAAUUUUUUCCAAGUUGGAAUAUCUCAAUCUAUCCAUUAACAAUUUUGAGGGAAGCGUACCAACAAAAGGAAAAUUUCAGAAUUCUACUAUAGUUUUGGUAUAUGGAAACAAAAAUCUUUGUGGAGGCAUCAAGGAACUGAAACUAACGCCAUGUAUUGCCCAAGCACCACCAAUGGGGACAAAGCAUCCAUCUCUUUUGAAGAAAGUUGCGAUCGGGGUUAUCGUAGGCAUAACUUUGCUUUUGCUAUUGUUCAUAGUUUCUCUACGUUGGCUCAGAAAAAGAAAGAAGAACCAGAAGACCAAUAAUUCAGCUGCUUCUACAUUGGAGAUAUUCCAUGAGAAGAUAAGUUAUGGAGAUCUACGAAAUGCGACAGAUGGCUUCUCUGCGAGCAACAUGGUUGGGUCAGGCAGUUUUGGUACUGUGUUUAAGGCAUUACUCCCGGAGGAGAACAAGAUUGUUGCAGUGAAAGUUCUAAACAUGGAGAGACGUGGAGCGAUGAAGAGCUUUAUGGCAGAAUGUGAAUCCUUGAAGGAUAUAAGGCAUCGUAAUCUUGUGAAACUAUUGACAGCUUGUGCUAGUAUUGAUUUCCAAGGAAAUGAAUUCAGAGCUCUCAUAUACGAGUUCAUGCCGAAUGGAAGCUUGGAUAUGUGGCUGCACCCAGAGGAAAUCGAAGAGAUUCGCAGGCCCUCAAGAACCUUGACACUUCGUGAAAGGCUCAACAUUGCCGUAGACGUGGCUUCUGUUUUGGACUAUCUUCAUGUUCAUUGCCAUGAGCCUAUAGCUCAUUGUGAUCUUAAGCCAAGCAACGUACUUCUCGACGAUGAUCUAACUGCCCAUGUUAGCGACUUUGGUCUGGCUCGUCUUCUCCUCAAAUUUGAUCAGGAGUCCUUUUUCAACCAACUAAGCUCAGCUGGUGUUAGAGGAACCAUUGGGUAUGCCGCACCAGAAUAUGGAAUGGGAGGACAACCAUCAAUACACGGUGAUGUAUACAGCUUUGGGGUUCUCGUUUUGGAAAUGUUCACAGGAAAACGACCAACCAAUGAGCUAUUUGAGGGGAGCUUUACCCUACACAGCUACACCAGAUCAGCCUUGCCAGAAAGAGUUUUGGACAUUGCAGACAAAUCGAUUCUUCAUAGUGGUCUCAGAGUUGGUUUCCCUGUAGUGGAGUGUUUGAAAGUGAUUUUGGAUGUGGGACUUAGGUGUUGUGAAGAAUCUCCGAUGAACCGGUUGGCAACGAGUGAAGCAGCCAAGGAGUUAAUCUCAAUCAGAGAGAGGUUCUUUAAAACCCGAAGAACAGCUAGACGUUGAAGUGUUUAUGGUUUCUCCUACAAACUUUGCCAUCCACUUAUAUAAUAUCAUAUUGUCUUUCAUACACUGUGGUUUGUUUUUCCCCUCUGUUUAUGCUCUGUUGUUUUCAGACAAGAUUGAAUGUUUGUGUUUUCUGCUUUAAAUUUUCUUGGGAUAAGAAUACAUUUGGCAAAAAUGAAGUAGCUGUGGUUUAUCUA